AUGGAGUUACUGUUGAUAGUAUUGCCUGAAGUGGUGUGCAAGGAUCCUAGCGUUCAAUGUGACUUUCAUCAGCCUCUUCCUAUUCAGCAUACUUAUCAUCAGUUUGGAGACAUUAAUAUUGCUGGCAUUGUUUCUGCCUACUUUGCAUCUUCUAAUCCCAUUAAAUUUAUUGAAGAUCCUUCUCAGGGAUUUCAUGAUGGACUUAUAAUAGUUUUUCAGAAUUACCAGCAUGUUCUGACUUUAGCAUUUACUAUAAAACAGAUUAAUGAAAAUCCUCAGAUCCUACCCAACAUCACGUUGGGCUUCCACAUUUUUAACAGCAAUUUUAGUCCAAGCUGGACUUACUUCGCCUCAAUGCUUCUGCCUUUCACUCAGGGAAAAUUCAUCCCUAACUACAAGUGUGGGGUCCCAAAUACCUUGGCUGCAGUCAUUGGGGCACCUGACAUCUCUCUUCACAUGGCAACUGUGCUCUGCAUCUACAAAAUUCCUCAGUUGAUAUAUGGCUCUGCUCCAGUCAUGGAUAAAGAGACUCAAGCAAUUUUCUUCCAACAAAUGUUUCCGAAUGAAUCCCACCAACAUAAUGGCCUCCUGCAGUUAUUGCUGUAUUUUAGAUGGAUCUGGAUUGGAAUUCUUGUAGUAAAGGAUGAGAAAGGAGAGAAAUUUGUCCAGGAGGUUCUUCCCACAUUUUCUGAGCAUGGUAUCUGCACUGAGUUCAUAGUAGAGUUCCCAAAUGUAGCUUUUCACAGCGAUUUUACUGAUACCAUAGAUGAAGGGCUACAUAUCUACCACGUCCUCAUGAACAGCACUGCUAAUGUGGUAAUUUUAUAUGGUGAAAUUCAGUCCUUAGCAGCUCUGAGAAGCUUCCUCCAGUUUUCAGAAGUGGAGGAUAUACCAAAGAAGAAUAAGAUCUGGCUUAUAACUGCUCAGACAGAUUACACCUCAGUUGCCGUUCAUAAAUUUUGGGAUAUCCAUUUUCUACAUGGUGCUUUAUCCUUUGUAGUUCAUACCAAGGAGAUCCAAGACUUCCAGGAAUUUCUUCAAAACCUGAAUCCAAACAGCAACAACCAGCACGAUCAUUUUCGGAAAGAUUUUUGGGAACAGGCAUUUGACUGUUUCUUUGCAAACUCAAAAACUGAGAUCUCUGGGAAGAAAUGUACUGGACAGGAGAGGCUUGAGGCCCUUCCCACAUCUGUGUUUGAAACACUAAUGAGUGGCCAGAGUUACAAUAUUUACAAUGCAGUCUAUGCUGUGGCACAUGCUUUGCAAUCUCUGUAUUCAUCCAAAUCCAGGGAAAAAACAUUUGUUAAAGAAGGGAGGAAACAGUUUCAUAAUCAAGCAUGGUGGCAGAGGUUUCUCAGUUGGUCUGAUACUCCCAGCUCUUUCAAGAACUUGCCACAGUUUGUUGUGAUCCACACAAUCAAAGGCUUUAGCACAGUCAAUGAAACAGAAGUUCAUUCUUUUCUGAGAAGUGUCAGAUUCAACAACAGUGUUGGUGAAAAGAUCUCCUUUGACAAAAAUGGAGAAUUCAUUGGUGGAUUUGAUAUUAUCAACUGGAUCACAUUCCCAAACCAAUCCUUUGUGAGGGUCAAAGUUGGAAUAAUAGAUCUCACAGCUCCAGCAGACAAGUUCUUCAAUAUUUCUGUGGAUUCCACCACGUGGCCAGUAGGCUUUAAUCAGGCAUUACCUUUAUCUCUCUGUAAUGAUCCUUGUGAGAGAGGAUACAGCAAGGCAAAGAAAGAAGGAGAGUCAUUUUGCUGCUAUGAUUGCCAUCUGUGUCCAGAAGGGAAAAUUUCAAAGGAGAAGGACAUUGAUGACUGCUAUCCAUGUGCAGAAUAUCACUAUCCAAAUCCUGAUAAAAAUAUGUGCAUUCCAAAGCGGAUCACCUUUUUGUCCUAUGAAGAACCCUUGGGGAUCAGUCUGACUUCUCUUUCUCUUUGCUUUGCUUUAAUGACAAUUUUGGUAAUAAAAAUUUUCAUGAAACAUAAAGACACUCCUAUCGUCAAAGCCAACAAUAGGAAUCUCACUUACACUCUCUUAGUUUCCCUCCUCCUCUCUUUCCUUUGCGUCUUUCUAUUUAUUGGGAGACCCAACACGAUUGUGUGUCUCCUUCGACAACCAGCUUUUGGCCUCAUCUUUUCUGUGGCAGUUUCUUGUGUAUUGGCCAAAACCUUUGUUGUGGUUCUAGCAUUCAUGGCUACCAAACCUGGUUCCAAAUUAAGGAAAUGGGUUGGGGGAAGAAUGGUCAGUUUCAUUCUUUUAUCUUGCAUUCUUGUUCAAAUAUGUUUUUGUGUUGCAUGGCUGAUAACCUCUCCACCAUACCCAGAUACUGAUAUGCAAUCAAUGUCUGAAGAAGUCAUCUUGGAGUGCAAUGAGGAAUCGCUUAUGUUCUACUGUGUUUUGGGCUUUAUGGGUUUUCUUGCUCUGGUUAGCUUCUCUGCUGCUUUUCUAGCUAGGAAGUUGCCUGACAGUUUCAACGAAGCCAAAUUCAUCACCUUCAGCAUGUUGGUGUUCUGCAGUGUUUGGCUGUGCUUUAUUCCAACCUAUCUAAGCACAAGGGGAAAAUAUAUGUUGGCUGUGGAGAUCUUCUCCAUGAUCUCCUCCAGUGCUGGCUUAUUGGUGUGUAUCUUUCUUCCCAAGUCUUUUAUCAUUGUGAUGAGACCUGAACUUAACAAUAAACAUCAUCUCAUGAAGAGAAAGCUUUAA